AUGGACGCCUUCAAGCUGGAGGAGCACGGCGCGCUGCCCAGCUCCACCGACGAGUCCGCCAAGCUGAGCGAGCUGGGCUUCGGCGCGGCCGCCGAGUUCGGCUUCUUCGAGGUCAAAAAGGAAGGCUACGAAGAGAAGCAGGCCUGCUACUUCGAGCCGGGCGACUACAAGGAGUACACUCCGCUGCCGCCGUACCCGGCCGAGCCCCUCGCGAGCCCGGGCUCGCCGCUCGCCGCGCCCCCCGGAUCGCCGCCCGUCGCCCUGCUGUGCGCGCUGCCCGAGAGCUCGGGCAUCGCCAACCACGCCGGACUCAACAAGGCGUCCAUCAAACAAGAACAAAGCUUCGCGGCAGCCGACUCCAAUAGCAGCAGCCCAGCCAAGUCGUUCGUGGCGUGCAAGGUGUGCGGAGAUAAGGCGUCCGGUUACCACUACGGUGUCACCUCCUGUGAAGGCUGCAAGAUUCCUGACGUUACGGAAAAGCAGUUGUGA